AGAGCGAGAGAACUGUAAAUCUGUAAGAAUGAACGUUUGCGUUUAUGUGUGUAUGUUAAGUAUGUAUGCGUAUGUGGGUGUGCUUCAUGGGGUCGACGAGAAUGCGGGCAGAUGGAAAAAGGACAAUUGCGUGGGGGGCAUAAGCGUGAGGAGAAGAAAACACAGAUCAGGAGGAGGGAGUGGGGAGAAAGAGCAACGCACGCCUGAAAUCUCUUCUAUCCGAUUCAUGGCGAUUCAAGUUAAUCAAGAAGAAGAUGAUGCCAAUGAGAGAAGGGUACAGAAGAGAAAGAGAAAAGAGAACGAGCCGAAAAUAAGAAGAAAGUGGCAGGCUGGUUGGUCCAGUGUUGUCACGUGACCGGAAGUGGCCUUUUCCCCACCCUUCAACUCCACCUUCGAUGUGGAGACCUGUACGCGUUCCCCCCUUUUUCCUUCCUCUGGCUUCAUCCGGUUAGCGAUGGGUAUUAAAUUCCGUCCGCUGUAAGUUUUUGAAUGAAAAACUUCGAUAAAAAUCUCCUUUUAAUAGUCAGUAAUGAAUAAUAAUUUUUUAAUAUAUUUAUAAAUUCAUAGGUUUUUUUAAUAAUUCAUAGAA